AAUGUAGCAAACAAUGAAACGUCUCCAACAAUACGAAAGGGAAAAAGACUUUAACACGAACGAAACAAAAAAAAGGGUUAAAGCAAAUUCGCUUUCUACUUUUGUUCAACUUGAUAUACCUCAAGCAGAAGUUAUAUAUUAUUGCUCCAUAUUUUCACCAGAAGUAUGUUCUAAAUAUUAUCAAGAACUAAUUUCUCUCUCAUACUGGACGCGACCUACCUUUAAAGUAUUUGGUCGUCCCGUAAAAGCUGCUCGUCUAACUUGCUCUUUUGGUUCUGAUCCAAAUAAAGUUUACAAAUAUUCUGGAACCAUAGCUGGUGUUGACUCUAUUGAAUAUCCUCCUUCGAUCAAAGAAAUUAAAGAAAAAAUUGAAGAUAUUUUAAAUACUCAAUUUAAUUUUGUUUUGUUAAAUUGGUAUAAAGAUGGACAAGAUUCUAUUGGUGAACAUUCUGAUAAUGAAAAAGGUUUAGUAAAAUUUGGGGCUAUUGCUUGUGUUAGUUUAGGUGCUGAAAGAACUUUUAUAUUUAGGAAUAAAAAAAAUAAAAAAAUUACACAUAAAAUUUCUUUAGAAAAUGGUUCUUUGAUAAUUAUGAAGGGAACAACUCAACAAUACUGGAAACAUUCAAUUCCAAAAGAAAAAUUAGUCAAAGAAGGGAGAAUAAGUUUAACUUUUAGACAACUUGAAUGAAUAAACAUAUUCUUUUAUUUUGUUUUAAU